AUGGCGUCUGAAGACAAGGAGAACGUUGCUGAUGAACCUUUACUUGUUCCCAAUCCUCGAAGAUUUGUCGUGAUGCCAAUACAAUAUCAUGACAUUUGGGAGUUCUAUAAGAAAGCUGUCGCUUCUUUUUGGACGGUUGAGGAGGUUGAUUUAGCGAAGGAUCUUACCGAUUGGGAAAAUCUCAAUGAUGGUGAACGACACUUUAUUUCGUAUGUUCUGGCCUUCUUUGCAGCGAGUGAUGGCAUCGUUAACGAAAAUUUAACCUUGAAUUUUUGUAACGAAGUUCAAGUUCCUGAGGCUCGUUGUUUUUAUGGAAUGCAAGUGGCCGUUGAGAACAUUCAUUCUGAAAUGUAUUCUCUUCUGAUCGAUACAUAUGUCAAGGACCCGGCAGAGCGUGAUUUUUUAUUUAACGCCAUUCAAACGCUGCCAUGCGUCGCUAAGAAGGCGGAUUGGGCACUUAAGUGGAUCGCGAAUAAGAGGGCAUCGUACGCUGAGCGUGUGGUGGCUUUCGCUGCUAUUGAGGGUGUUUUCUUCUCCGGUUCGUUUGCUUCUAUUUUUUGGCUCAAGAAGCGUGGUCUCAUGCCUGGUCUUACCUUCAGUAACGAGCUGAUCAGUCGCGAUGAAGGCCUUCACACCGACUUUGCGUGUCUAAUUUUCAAGCACAUUGUCAAUAAACCUACAGCAGAAAGAGUGUAUGACAUUAUGACGGAGGCCGUCAGCAUAGAAUGUGAAUUCCUCACAGAUGCCUUACCUGUCGAUCUUAUCGGCAUGAAUUGUCGCCUAAUGUGUCAGUACAUAAGGUUUGUUGCUGAUCGGCUGCUUACGGAGCUGGGCUACGAUAAGAUAUACAAGGACAAGAAUCCUUUUGACUUUAUGGAGAAUAUCUCACUCGAAGGGAAGACCAACUUCUUCGAAAAGCGCGUAGCUGAGUACCAACGCGCUGGUGUUAUGUCGCGCAUGCGGGGUGAAGACACUCACAAAUUUACCACUGAUGAAGAUUUUUAG